GGAGUGUUCUCUGUCGCCCUCUUGGGUUCUGGCUCUAGAAGAGUUUCGUUUCUUGAGAAGUCACAGCUGACCCUCCUACAUAAGGCGCAGCAGCACCACGGCUGCUCACACCACAGAAAACAAUGGGAUUGCUGACAUAUGUGGCCGUCGCUGCGGGAGCAGGUGGCGCUGUGGUCUCUGCCCCCAUCGUUUUGGGGGCCAUAGGUUUCACCUCAGCAGGCAUUGCUGCAGGUUCCUACGCUGCAGGUAUGAUGUCGACAGCAGCGAUUGCCAACGGAGGCGGAGUAGCAGCAGGCAGCCUGGUGGCUCUUUUGCAGUCAGCAGGUAUGGCUGGUCUGUCAACAGCUGCCAGUGCAGGCGUGGCCGGAGCUGGAGGAGCAGCAGGAGGACUGCUGGCUCUGCUCAUCUGAGACCAAGCUGAAGAUCAUGAAGGAAUCAAAUACAAGGAAGAAUACAUUUACUUUUGCCAAAUAGAAACAACUGCAACUUACGUUAAUGAAGUAGAUAAUUUACUGAAGGAGAAGUUAUGUGCAUUUAACUGAAAUGUGAGGACAAAAACAUGUUUUGUUUGUCUGCAAAACACGUUUACAUUGUCGAGUGCACCAGCUUUCAUAUAUGGAAAUAAAAUGCAUUUGAAAAGUU